UCUGCGACACCAUGCCGCUCCAAGGCAACCGCACUAUCACCAGGAAUGGGAUGCAGCGUGGCCCUUUAUAGCCUGCCCUCGUAAAUCUGGGCCAAUUGGGCAGCACCAAAAUACAACAUAGGAGGAAUAAUACGCUUUUAUUGCACACAGUCCGGGGAUUUUCGGGGCGGGCAUGCACCGUGCGUUCUCGUUCCCGGUGACUGCGGAGCGCAGUCGGACCAAGGAGCGCCUGGAGGCGAGCCUGUCCGGGCUGUGUGAGCUGGAGCUCCGCAGGCAGAGGCAGGAGUGCCUGGUGCUGGGAGCUCUGGCUCUCGGGGACCCUCCGGCUCAGGGGGACACCAGAGGGGAGCUGGCGUGUUUCAGCAGCUGGGGACAGGAAAACCUGACUCUGAGGAGACAGCUGAGUGCUCUUCAGAGUUCCCCAUGGGGUCUGAUGCAGGCGCUGGAACAGCAGGUGGGAGAGCUGAGGGUCGACGCCGAGGACGGCAGCUGCGAUGCAGCCCAGGGAGGAGGAGGAGGAGACACCGGCGAUAGUCGGCCAAGUUCUGGUUUCUAUGAGUCAAGCGAAGGUCAGUCUCCAAAGGGAAAGUCGUGCUCAGCAGAGGCUGCAGAGACCGUCACCUCCCGGACUUACUCCAGCGACAGGCCCAAGUCUGUCGGAGACCCGCUCAUGCUGUCUGGAGAAUUCGAUGUGCCGGCUCUACGCCCCACCCUGCCUCGCUCCUUCUCUGCGCCGUACCCGCCUCUGGAGGGUAUCGCUGAGGAGGGCGUGGCAGUGGACUCCUGGCAGUGGGAGCCCGCCGAGACCGCCCACACCUGGCAGGAGCAGCUGGAGGAGGACCAGGCCACCGAGGAGGACUACCAACAGGCUUUCAGGGUAGAGGGUUACAUCCUGAGUCUGAUUCAGCGUCACACCCUCUCGCCACGGCCGAGUCAGCCCCGCACCACUCUCAACCCGGACCCGAUGUACAGCAGUGCCUCUGGACACGGCUCCCUACACAGGAGAACUCCUUCCCUGACCAGGGAGCAGCACCAUCCUGACGCCCAUCUACAGCCCCACGCUGACCUUUCGGCAAACCCUCGGAGCCAGGCAUGGGGUUGUGACCUGCUGGAAGGGGAGGCCUGUGGAGGAGAGGCCCCGUCUUUGGAGGAGGACUGUUAUUUGGCUUUGCCCUACCCCCAGUCCAGGCCACACUCGCUGGCUGGGAGGUUACCGUCACCUUUGCCCUCGCUGGAUCCUAACUGUGGUGCUGGGGCUCUUGACCUUUGUUAUGAACCCACAUCCCCCCAGCAUUAUCUACAUCUACAACCCCCUAUUCAUCACAUGCACAACUUAGUUAGCGCUCAGUAUAUCCCCGGACAGGUUUGCCAUGCCCCAGUGCGCUCUCCCAGACACUACAUCCCAGAGCAACUGAAGCACAACCGAGUUCCCGCCUCUCCCGACCACGCCACCUCCAAGUCCCGAACAUCGAAGAAACCCCACAAUGAGCGACCGAGAUCCAAGAAAUCCAGCAGCAAGACAGCGCGGUCCCAGUCAGAAAACAGCCUUCUCAGUCAACGGGCGCUCCCUGAAAGGAGGUACAGCACCUCAGAGAGGCACCAAGGCAGAGAGCAUUCUGCCCAGAGCCACAUCCAGGUCACUGGGCCGCAGGUCAGCAGCAACGGCCACAACAGCAACCGACGCUGGUGCUCCAACCUGGAGCUCAGCCAGGAUGAGGGAGAGACCCAGAGAGCGCAGGCACAUCGCCGGCCCCCUCGGAAAGCUCGGCAGGGUCCCCCCUGCUCCCACCAGCAGCAGAACACCCCACGGUGGCACCAAGACUUGCAGGAAAGGGCGCCUCUCUGUCGGGGAGAGGAGGGCUAUGCCGCCACAGUCCCUGUGGAGUCUGAGUCCAGCAUGAGCGAGGUGUACUCUCCGGCCUCCAGCUCACUGUCCAGUGAUUCAGACGAGAGCGGCGGGCUGGUGUGGCCCCAGCAGCUGCCGCCUCGUCUUGCCUCCACCUCCUCAUCAUCCUCUCCUUCACCUCAAGCCAGUGCCAAUGCCCCCGCUCAACCAAAAGCCUUCGUCAAGAUCAAAGCGUCCCAUGCUCUCAAGAAGAAGAUACUCAGAUUCCGCUCAGGGUCGCUUAAAGUCAUGACCACUGUGUGAACACACAGUCAGACCUCUUUUAAACCAGCUUCAUCUUCUCCUGUGUCCCACUGCCAGAUCCACACUGUGACUGUUUUCAUCAGGAACAGAACUGCAUCAUUAUUAUAUAAUAGAAGCCCAGACCCAACACUGAGUCUACCUCAAACUGCAGUUUCCUCUCAAUGAGAAGCAUUGAGGGGAAUGAUUUAAGAUCUGCUAAGAGAUCCUUUAUCUGUAGUGUCUGGUUGUAUUAAUCUCAUGGCCGACAGCCAUCAGACAGGAAACUAAUGGCUAUUAUGCGGCUCUAAAGGAUGAUUAUUACUGCCAAGUCACGCUGUGUUGACAUGGACCGUACUGAGGCUCAGCAACUGACUAUGCUGCCAGUUGUUUUUUGUUUUUUUUCAUUUAAUUAAUAUGAGUUGGUUUCAUAUUCAAUUAAUCAAAUGCCUAUGGUUAAUUAUGUACAACCAACUGUUGUCUAUGCAGCUGAUUGUUCAAAAAAUGUUUUCUCUUCUGUGAAUUCCACCAGCAGUUUGUCAAUAGCCUGAUGUCGGGUGGAAUAUCACUGCUCUGAAAAUGAGAUAAAAGCAUUUUAACAUCAAGAAACUUAAUCAGAUUUACUUUAUCUGCCUGGUUAAGUUUUUCUAGUUUACAUCACAGUGUACAAGAUAGUGAGUGUUGACAUGUCCAUCUUUCUACAUAUUAGUUCCAAAUUUAGAGUUUUUUUCCCCAGAAACACAGAAAAUACAACAACAAAGCCAAAAAAUCCUUUCAGUGUUUCUGGUAAAAACGAUUCUUCCUGCAUUCGUCCAGUCUCAUAGAUUCCAGGCUGAUGGAGGAUCUUUAUUUUUACAUUGAUUCUCAAAGAAGUGAGCUGCCCACUACCUCUCUUCUUCGGUUUGCUGAUUUUGGGACCAAUGAGUGGAAACAACCUGAAUUCUGAGUCGGGGAUAAACUUUAGAUUUCAUAAAGGGACCAGUGUACAUUAAUGCAUGCCUAUAACCUACAGUAUAAAGAAGUGCACAAAUUCACUUAAACACACAAUGACACUCUGUAAAUACUUAAUAUGUUCUUUUGUAAUAAUCUUUUUUGUAUAUACCAUCAUGUGGCCUUGUUUUGGAAUGAAUGUAGU